AUGGUUAUUUCAACCAAUGAAUUCUUCUCCACAUCACGCAAUAUCGGUGUAGCGCUUAACUUUGCUAGUCAAGGACCUGUUAAUGACGCCUUUCAGAUUGUUCUAUUCGAAAUUCAAGCUGAUGCAUCCCUGGCAACAGUUAUCUUUGCUGAUAUUGAAGAAAAAACUGCCGUACGAGGCGAACAAGAAGUUCUUUUCAAUCUUAAUGCUGUCUUCAAAAUUCAUUCUUUUCAGUUUGACUCGAAUCUUGUACUGUGGAAAGUACAAUUAAUUGCAACUGAUGAAAGUUCAGAUAAGAUUCAGCAAUAUAUCAACCUUUCAAAACAACAAUUAGAAGAAUCCUCACCGAUUAUAUACUUCGGUCGCCUUUUACGAGAUGAAUUAGGACAAGUCAAUCGAGCCGAUAAAUAUUUCCGCACCAUACUCGAAUCUUUACCACCUGAUCAUCCUGAAAUUGCUUCUGUUUACAACCAGAUUGGAAUUGUGCAUCAGAGAAGAAGCGAGCUAAAAUUAUCAUUAGAAUACUUUGAGCUUGCAUAUAAAAUUCGUAAAGAAAAAUUACCUUCUGAUCAUCCUCAGAUAGCUGCUUCGCUGUACAAUAUCGGAACUAUUCACAGAAGAAAAGAGAACUUCGAGUCAGCACUCGAUUAUUUUCAACAAGCUUUACAAAUAUAUGAAAUAAAUUCUUCAAAUGAUACUAUGGAGAAAAUAACGACCAUCGAAUGUAUUGGAAGAGUAUAUAGUGAUAAAAAUGAAUUAGAUACCGCUCUAAUUUAUUUUAAUCGUGCUCUUGAUAUGCACAAAAGAAUUCUACCUGAUCAGCAUCCUAAUCUUGCUCGAUGUCGUGGUGCUAUUGGAUGGGUCUAUAAGAAAAAGGGUAAUUUAGAUGUUGCAUUGGAUUAUUUUCAUCGAACGCUUAAAAUGGAAGAAAAAGUUGGCGAGAGUCAUCCUUGUGUUGCUCGAACACUGAUGACCAUGGCCAACAUGCUUCAAGACAAUGAUUCACAAAAAGCACUUGAGUAUUAUGAACAAGCUCUAUCUAUCGUCGAAAAUUCAGUACCACCAGAUAAUCAAACAGCCUUCUAUUGUCUUUCUGGAAUGGGUCGUCUGCAUAAUAAAAAUAACAUGUUAGAAGAUGCUUUACGAUGCAAUCUCAAAGCAAUUGAAUUUCAUCGACGAGUACUUUCACCAGAUCAUACUCAUCUUGGAGAUCUUUUGAAGAAUAUUGGUUUUUGUUAUCGAAAUAUGCACAAUACACAACAAGCGCUGCACUAUUUCAAUGAAAGUCUCGUGAUAUAUCGAGUUAAUUACGAACCAGAACAUGACAAAAUAAAGAAACUCGAGGCACAAAUUGCAAGAUUGAGUAGAAACCGAAACGCUACAGUUAAUACUAGAACAACACGUGUAACGGCAAGCGAAAGAACGUCGAACGCUCCCAGUUCUAAUUCACAUUCGCGUAUUUCACAACAAACAUCAACAUCAAUGACAGAGUCUUCAUCAGAAGUAAAAGAGACUCUCGCUUCACUCAAUCUUCGAGGUAAUGAAAUUGGAACUCAAGGAGCACAAUAUCUAGAUGAUGUGCCAAAACGUGUAACAAAUAAUCGACCAACAAAUGAAACAAUUGACAGUAGUGAAUUUACUGAAACAAUAGGUUCUUAUUUAAUUCGUUUACCAAAAUAUUCUCAUCGUUCAUCAGGUGGAUUUAUUUGUGAGAUAUUUAUUUCACUUUAUUCUCAAUUCAUUAAAAUAUUUUUUUUUCUAAGUUAUGAUUAUUAUUGGCAUUAUUAUCGUUGGGUACCAUCACGCAUAACAGCACAGGUUUUGAUAGAGUGA